AUGAUCGCCACCGGCGGCCUGCUGAGGAUUUCCGCCAGAAAGCAGGAUCCCCUCCGCCCCCCGAGCCAGGUCCCUAAGCGCAAGCGGAAAGCCAGGAAAAGGCGCAAGAACGACGUGGUGGUGGUGAAAGGCAAGCUAAAGCUGUGUUCCAUCUCCGGGCUCAUCGCCCUCUGCGGGAUCCUGGUACUGCUGGUGGGCAUAGCCAUGGCCGUGGUGGGCUACUGGCCCAAAGCCAAUGGGGCCAACAGGGAGGGGGGGAAGCAGCUGCGGCCCGCCGGCAGCGGCCACCGCCUCCCGACCAUGGCCAUCAGCCCCGGUGGCAGCAAAAACCGGUCCAGGGGCCUCCCGGGGAUUCCAGGCAGUGCCAACUCCAGUUCUGCGGGCGCGCCGAGGAGCACACCUCCCGCGCGACCCGCUGUCCCCUCUUCGUCCUCCUCCUCGUCUGUGGGGUUCUUCUUCCGCAUCUUCUCCGGCUACCUGCACUCUGACAAGCUCAAAGUCUUCGGACCCCUCAUCAUGGGCAUCGGCAUCUUCCUCUUCAUCUGCGCCAACGCUGUGCUCCAUGAGAACCGAGACCGAAAGACCAAGAUCAUCAACCUGCGGGACCUCUACUCCACCGUCAUCGACGUGCACAGCCUUCGCGCCAAAGAUCUGGCUGCCGCCGCGGCUGCGGCAGCCGCCGCCGCCGCCUCCUCCCCCUCGGCCCCCGCCUCGGCGACACCCGGGGCCGCGCCGCUCAAUGGCUUCCUCAGCUACGUGCAGUCGCGGGGCCUGGAGCUGAAGCCAAGGAGCUGCAGCGCCGCGGGGGAUGCCUUCGGGGCGGCGGCGAUGCUGGCCAGGGGCUCGUGGCCGCACCCCGCGGCGCUGGGCGGGGACGAUGGCAGGGCCAGGGGCGCCGCGUCCCCGCCGGAUCUGGCCUCGUCCCCGCGCUGCCCGCGGGAGCCCCCGAGUCUGGCGGAGGCCGUGUACAGCAUCUACCGCGAGCGCUCGGGCGUGGCGGGCCGUCGCCGGGCAGCCGCCGCUGUGGCCGCCGCCACCGCGGCCGCCAGCCGCAGCAGCAGCCCGGCGCCCUGCAGCCCACCCGAGAGCUGGGGGCGCCAGAGCACCGCCAGCUCCCUCGUGGGGUCCUCGCUGAGCGCCUUCGCGCUGUUGCCUUUGCAAGGGGAUCGCGACGGGGAUGGAGACGCGGGUGCGGAGGGCCCGAGCUGCAGCUGGCAGAGGCCGCCAGGGGAACGCGGCUCCCGGGAGAUCCCACGGGGCGAACUUGACCUGGGCUUGACCGACCUCCGCGGUGCCCGGGGCGGCGCGCGCUGUGCGCCCAGCGGGGACGAGGAGCCUGAGGGCGCGGCGGCGGCGGGCACCGCCAGGGGGCGGGGCGGCCGCCUGCCCAGGACCGGCAGGUACGCAGCCCUGCGGCGCCGCAGCACCAGCGGGCUCCCUGAUUGCCGAGCGCCGCGGUCCCCCGAGCCCCCGCCCUCCCCGCGCAGCGCGGACCUGGACUGGAGCCUUCUGACCAAAGCUGCCUCCCCGUCGCCCCCCUUGCGGCUGGAGGUCUCGCCCGCCGCCAGGCUGGACUCGCCGAAGUCCCAGACGGAAGACCCAUCCUGCAGCAAUAAGGGCUACACCCCCCUGAGGGAGGCCAGCACCUCCCUGAAAUCGGUUGUGGACGCCGAGACCACUGAAAGUCAAGACUGUGAGGCCACCACCGUGCCAGGUGUGGAGCAGAGCCCUCCAGAGGAUCCCAGCCAAGGACCACCCACAGCCCAGCCACCUCAGCAGGUGCAGAGGCAGUUUACAAACAAGGAGAAACUCUUCAUGAUUUCCCGGUCUCAUGCCACAGGGGUAGAGGACGGAGAACUGGAAAGUACUGGCAUUUAG